CAAAUCAUGCGAGAAAUCGUCAACGUAAAUAUCGGACAGGCGGGUGUGAAAAUCGGUGAAGCUCUCUGGAAAUUGCUCUGUUUAGAGCAUGGCGUUUCAUGUGAUGGUACCUGGAGCCAGGAGACGACCUGUGGAGCUUACGACAACCCAGAGUGCGUGUUCUACGGAGCGAACGGGAAGUUUUUCCCGAGAGCAGUUUUUGUUGAUUCGGAACCUGACGCCAUCGACGCUUUGCGGAAGAGUCCGAACGGCGCUUCCAGGAGAAUUUUCAACCCGUCCUUCCUGAUCAGUGGGAGUGAGAGCGCCGCAAACAACUUCGCGUGGGGUCGCUACCGAACCGGACCAGACAUCUUGGAGUCGACUCUGCACGAGAUCCGACGCAUGGUCGAAAGAUGUGAUUCAUUCCAGGGUUUCAUUUUCUCUCGGUCCAUAUCAGGUGGGACGGGUUCGGGUUUCGCAGCCCUGCUUCUAGAGCAUCUGUACUCAGAGUACCAACAGAAAAGUCGCUUGGAGUUCGCCUUAUUCCCUUCACCGAACAUUUCGUCGAUUCCCGUGGAGCCGUACAACGCGGUGCUGUCAACUCAGUCGACCUUGCCAACAAUCGAUUGCACUUUCGUCCUGGACAAUGAGGCCGUCUACAACUUACUCCGCGCAAAUCUUCGAAGAGGCGCAGAAGUUGAUGAUGAAAGUGUAAAUCUACUGAUCGCCCAGGCGAUAUCUUCAACGACGCUAGCGCUAAGAGCCUCCUGCGGACAGAACAUGGAUAUUGGUGACUUCAGCACAAACCUCGUGCCUUCCCGGAAGCUCCAUUUCCCUGGGUUGAGCUUCGCUCCCGUUGUCGGCCCCGGGAAAGUUCUCACAUGCGUGAAAACAAUGACCCGCGAAUUGCUCGAGAGCAAGGCCGAUUUGGUCUCGUGGGAUCCGAGAGACGGUCGGUGCAUUGCAUGCUGCUUGCUGUACCGCGGACCCUCACAGCCCGUGGAUGUGCAGCAAUCGAUCACCAAGAUCAAGGGACUCAAGCAAACCACGACCGCAUCUUGGUGUCCUCCGGCCUUCAAGGUUGGCCACGUCCCUGCUCCGCCGAUCUAUCCAGAACAAAGUGUCUUCGGCGAAAUCUCAGACGCUUUGAGCAUGCUCUCAGCGAACACAGCGGUCAAGGGCAUCUUCAAGCGGAUGACGCGAAAAUUCGACUUAUUAUUCUCGAAACGGGCUUUCGUACAUUCUUAUCUCUGUGAGGGUAUGUCUAUAAACGACAUCCGGGACGCUUUCGAAGACGUCGAAGAUCUGAUUUUCGAAUAUCAGAAACAGGAAGAAGACAUGUCAGACGAGUCCUUCUCUUCGAACACCGACGGCAUUUGAAAAAAUCUCACAUAUGAUCUCGAUAGGACCACGAGAGCCUCAGGGAGACUGGGGAACAUUCCGCUGUCUGAGAGUCUACAUUACGGGGGAACUGUCGUGUAGUCUUCUUGUGAUUCCAUGAACCGCAAUACCUUCGUACUGAUCUCAGACCUCGAGAGCGUUCAUACAAUAAAUUGAUCCAUCCUGCCCUCCAGGGAAG